AUGGAGAACCAAGCUACUUUCAAAUUAGUUUUAUGUGGUGACGGUGGUACCACAACCUUUGUGAAGCGACAUUUGACCGGAGAGUUCGAGAAAAAGUAUAUUGCCACCCUUGGUGUUGAGGUCCACCCUCUUACCUUCCACACCAACUUCGGUACCAUCUGCUUCAACGUUUGGGACACUGCAGGUCAAGAGAAGUUUGGUGGUCUUCGUGACGGGUACUAUAUCCAAGGUCAAUGUGGUAUCAUCAUGUUCGACGUCACUUCCCGUAUCACCUACAAGAAUGUUCCCAACUGGCACCGAGAUCUCGAGCGUGUCUGUGAGAACAUCCCAAUCGUUCUUUGUGGUAACAAGGUCGAUGUCAAGGAAAGAAAAGUAAAAACCGGAAACGUGACCUUCCACCGAAAGAAGAAUCUCCAAUACUUUGAGAUUUCAGCCAAAUCUAAUUACAACUUCGAGAAGCCUUUCCUCUGGCUUGCGCGAAAAUUGGUCGGCAACCAAUCUCUUGAGUUUGUCGCUGCUCCCGCUCUCGCACCCCCAGAGGUUCAAAUCGAUCAAGCCCUCGUUGCUAAAUACGAAGAAGAGCUUAAACAAGCUGCCAACGCCCCUCUGCCUGAUGAGGAUGACGCCGACCUUUAA